CGAAUAAAAUUAACAAUGGAAUGUCGAUCAUAUUCUUUAAAGCAGUUGACGGAAGCCCACAAUGAACUGUCUAUAAAUGAUGAAAAGAAUUCUAUCUGCGAUAUUGAAUAUAGUAAUGACGAAACUCUGGACAUCAAGGAGGAAAUAAGCGAAGAUUAUGAAAAUUUAUCGAAUAUAGACGUUAAACUUAGCGAUAAUCGACAAUGCCAAUCACAAGUAUUGAAUAUUUAUCAGAAGGGUUUAAAGCCCAAAAAAAUUAAAGAACUGAAUGAAGAAUCGGAAAAGAAAUACAAAUGUGAAAAGUGUGCUCGAAGCUAAAAAUGGAAAGAAAGUUUGGACCGUCAUAAGAAAUUUGAAUUCCACGUCAUUCCACAAUUUAGAUGUAAAUUAUGUGAGAAGCCGUUUAAACAGAUUGGUACCAUAAAUACUCACAUAGAUCGUGUACAUCUAAAAUCCAAUUCACAGGAAUCGAAAUAAAACAUAAAUGCGAAAAAUGUUGUCGAAGUUAUCAUUCGCUAAGUGGUUUAAAUCAACACAGCCGUUUAGAAUAUGCAGCAGUCACGCAACAAUUUUUUUGCGAUUAUUGCGAAUAUAAAACAAAUCAGAAGAGAAAUCUGGCAAGACACAUUAUUUCAUGGCACUUACAGAUAUCAAAAUCAAGGCAUAAAUGCGACCAACGUUUGCGAAGUUACAUUUGGCUAAAUACUUCAAUUGGACACAAAGAAGCCGAACAUGCAGCAGUCAAACCGCAAUUUAUUUGUGACUAUUGUGGCUACAAAACGAAAAGAAAGAGUUGCUUAUCGAAGCAUGUUGCUAGAUUUCAUCUCAAGUUUUUUAUUACGCCAAACUUUAAACUUUAGGAAUUUUCUAACAUCAGUUAAAAAUUCUUUUUAGUAUUACAUUAUAUGCAUGUAUAGAUAAACUAAUUUCUCAUGAAAAUCAGUGCGUAAUACUGAAUUUUAAUUUUUGUUAAGAUUAAAACAAAUUUAUU